CGACAACAUUGCAGCUGGAUUCUAGAACAGAAAUAGGAAAAGCGUAGAUUUCGCCCAAAGCUAAAGAGUAACAGAUUCAGAAAGCCUGUAAAUUUGGACUUGAUAGCUUGAAAUUUAUGUGAAAUACGUACAACGGCACCAGCGCACUAUCUCUGAGCCAGUGGCAGUGGAAUCAUGCGACGGAGUACCAAAUCAGCCUCUGGGAACAACGCGGACAGCGGCAGUGCCAGCGCGCGUGCUGUUCCGCAAGCACAACAACGAGGCACAACAACUACUUCGUCGAGCCUUCAACACAGAGCCCCUCCCGCACCAACAUCGACGAGUAAAAAGCGGUCGCACCGGUCCAGCGUCAAUGCGACAGACCAGUUUCGCGCGUCGCACUACGCGACCAGCAAGAUUCACGAGUCUGUGAAGAUCUGGGGCAGCCGGAAUAUCGUGAUUGGCACGGACGUGGUUAUCGAGAAAAAUGUCCACCUACGCGGGGACCUGGACGCCAAGCUGGUAAUCGGCAACAAGGUCCGCAUCGGCGAAAACACGAUUUUGCGACCGGGAACUUCUACGAGCGGCGUGCUGACGGGCACGUCUUCAGCGAGCUCGAGCAGUAAUGCGAACUGGGCGAUGAACACGAUUGGUGGCAAAAGCGCUGCAGCAGUAGGCGUCAGUUCUCGCCAAGUAGAAUCCGCUGCUGUGCAACAAGCGCAGCCAGUAUCGGUAGGCACCGGUACGAGGGUCGGCAAAGGCUGUGUCCUGAUCGGGAGCCGGAUCGGGGAAAGGGUUGUGAUCGGCAAUAACGUCGUCAUCUCGUCGAACUGCGUUUUGGGUGAUGGCUGUGAAAUUCUGGCAGACGCAGUGGUCCCGUUUGGCACCGUGGUUCCGCAGUUGGCGAAGUUCGGUGGUGCGCCGGCAAGCCUGGUGGCUGCAAAGGAGCAAAUGAACUCAACGUCAACGUCAUCUACCCAAAAGCGGCAGCUGCCGACCGGAGCAGGUGCGAAGACGCUGGUUUUCAAGAAAGACCUCGACUUUACCUCCGAAGAAGAGACUUCAAAAAUGAGCAGCCCGUCUGUUGUGGUGAUGCCAUCACCAACGGGAACGGGUGUGGACCUGCUCGCGCAGGCAGAGUUGCAUGUUGAGCCUCCUCCUUACACCUCACCCGCCGCCGCGGAGCCGAGGCGAGAAAGCCCGGGCAGAGGUCGGCAACUGCAACUAACAUCAAAGGUUGCGGAGGCGGAGCUGACGACCGCGAGGGGGCGUGAAGUGGUUUCGUCUACUGGACGCCAUGUUGUGCGGAAGCGAGACGGAAGUUACGAAUUGCGGGGACAGCCGGUCCAUCCACCUCGCAGCCACUCGUCCGGGGGGCAGCCGCGCAAUAAACGCCCGGAGGUUUCUCGCGGCGUGGAGCGGAAAGGCAAUAAAGGGCAGUCUAAGUCUUCCGGAGUAAUUAGAAGAAGUGCGUCCGCCAGCAACGCGAAAGUUGUCUCAGCGCCGGCGUCUAAGCAGGCCCAGGAGACAGUACUAGCGCCGUCUGCCCAGAAGAAACAGGACGCAACUAGCAAGAACACUGCUCUCGUCGCGUCUCGCAAGCCUAAAGGUGUUUUCGCGAAGCUGCAAGAAAAGGCGCAGCAGCGUAAGAAAGGGUGGGCAACAGAACCUGCGGGGCGAACUGAGCCUGUCGCAGCUGCAGCAGCAGCAAUACCAGCACAGCUGGCAGAAAAAGCAAAAACCGCAGCACCUUCUGUAGUAAAGAAGCCGGCAUGGGCAACAGGCGGAGGACCUGCGAAAGAGACGAGGAGGAGUAGCAGUGACGAGCGAAAAAAACCCGAGCAGAAUGAUGUGAGAAGCAUGGCCCUGCGGCAUUCGCUCGAGAAACGACCAAGUAAGGAACCGGGUCUAGUAGUGCCGCUAUCUGAACGUGGUCACGACGACGGAAACGGCAUCGGCCACUUGACGCGUAUGUCGCUGUCGUCAAUUUCUGCUCGCUCCUCGGAGCAUCGCAAAAGCACGCCGAGAAAUAAGCCACCGUCGCUCGGAACAGUAGCGAAGCCCGCGGGGGCAGGGGCUGCGAACAGUAGGUCGGCAUCGCCGACAAGGCUAGCGCCGGCAGCUGCCCCUGCUACUGCUCCUGCAGGUGUUGAUGACUCAUCAGCAGCGAUAAGAAACGACACUGCGCAGCAGCAGCACCAAUCUCCGCAGCUGUCUUUUGCCAACCUUUCCGCCAUCGAAGUGACUUCGCCUGGCUUGGGAAAUCUUGGAGCCGAUGACGAUCAUGCUCUUUCUCCGAUACAGCUAGAACAAUCCCCGAAAAUAGUAGCACCUGCCGGAAAAAUGAUCAACGCACACAUCAAGUCGUCACCGCUGGAAUCAUUUCUAAGCGAAGCCGUCGCUGCCACGGCAGCUCGACAGCCCGAGCACCUCCAUGUGCAGAAUCCGCACCACCCCAUCCCGACAGAGCAUCAACUCGCGGAGAGCGCCCGCAGUCGCAAGCGAACCACACGGAAAAAGCGGGGCUCUACGAAUGUUGCGGAACGGGGAAGUCUGUCCGAUUUACGCAAAGCAGACGACGAAGCGGUGCUUUUCGACGAGGACGAUCCGGAUUUGUCCGUACCAGAUUUGUCCGUAAUUCCGGAGCUAGCAAGCAAGAUAGAUGAAGUUGAAACCAGUGCUGUGAACACAACAGAAAAACCUGGCGAGCCAUACUCUUCUGCUAAUCCCGCUGCCGCAUUGAACGCAGAGUUAGGACCACCAUCGCCUCUACCACUUGCCGUCGAUGAUGAAAGCAACAAGCAGAAUGCGGAUGCGCCGGAGGUGUUGGUAGCAGAACAGAAAAGCAAAUUGGAAGAAGUCACGCUGCAUUUUGCACCAACACCCACACCUGCGAUGCAGUCUACAACUGUCGAAAGUGCCCAAACCCCCGCGCUCCCAGCAGCGGCGAUGAACGUUCCCACAAAAGACGACGAAGCUGCUACAAGGACCUCUUCUUUCGCAAAACCAAAAAGCGGCCCGGGACAACGACUGGCAGCGCUUCGCGAGCGGCUAAAGGCGAAUCGGUCGACUGGUGGUGCCACUCACAGCAGCAUUUUGUCCUCGUCGCUAGUCGGAGUUGCAAACGACGACAAGACCCCGCGCUCAGGCCUGGAACUUGAGACCGGAAGUGGGUUAGAGCAGGAGAGGAACUACCAGGAAGAUGUUGAAAAGGGAUCAGUUCCCGAAGAGAAAAACGCUGCACUAUUGUUGAAAUCUUCCCCGCAGUUAGAUGAUCAAAGGAUUGAUCAUGCAGGAACAGCAACUACGGGUACGGCUCCCUACAACCAAGAGCAACACCAUCAUGAUCAAGUAGAUGAGACGGGCUCUCUGCCCCCGAACGCCGAAACGAAAUCCUCGGUCGCCUCGUCCGGGCUUGCGUUUCGUGGAUUCAAAGAGCGCCUGCAACAGCUGAAAGCAGAAAAAAGCAAGAAGAAACCGGGCAACUAUCAGCAAACGCACUCGACGAAGCUCGCACCAACUACAGGCACGACGAGCGUGCCGCCGGCAGGACCUCCUGGACAUCAUGAGUCGAAUGCAAACCAACCUCCUCGCCCGUCUCUUCAGACUCGGCGGCCCUCCGCCAGCGGCCUGCUUCGCACGCGACCAUCUGGUGCAGCGGGAGAGGUAGGGUCAUCGCGCUACAGAACUACUACGGCAACGAGGCCCGCCUCAUCAACUGCUGCACCUCCAAACGCGGCAAACAAGCCUGUUUUGGCCGGGAUUCUAAAGAGACACCCAUCGCCGCUCGAGCGGGCAACCUCGUCUAGUGCGAACAAAACAAUCGGACUGGCUGGGCAAAACGCUCCAGGUGUCGCUGUCACACCGCUGGCAGAAGCUUUGCGUGCUCUUGAAGACGCGCUCUCCGCGCACCCAACAAGCGAAAUAAAGCCACCGCACUUGGUGGAAACAAGAAGUGGCUCGCAGCCACAGACCCGCGGAACCGCAACCAAGGCCUCCGCCGAUCAAAUCGCAGAUUUGAUUGACAAAGCCAAACAGCUUGGCGCCUCCGGUUCACAGCUGCAGAAGGCGGAACGUCGCAAAGCACAGCUGCUGGAGGACGCCGCGAAGGUCGCGCUUUUCGCUGCCACGAGCACAGAGGACAAUGCUGAGUUUCAAAACGCCGUGGAAAAAGCGCGAGAGGCCGGCGUGCACCCACUUACCAUCCAGCGCGCGUCGCGCGAGCGGACAAGGACUUUGCAGGAGAAACGAGCGGAGCGGGAAAAGCAGGCAAAACACCAAGCAUCGAAGUCCCGUUGUGCGGAAUUGGUUUCACAGCUGGAAGACUUGGUAACCAACGUGGACAUCUCCAAACCUUUACCAACCGCUCAGGUCGAAUUCCUCCUGACCCAGUUGCAGCAGCUUGCACCAACGAACAACGCGAGCGGAUCCUCGUCCAGCAGCGCCUCGUCUUCUUCGCAACCUGGUGGAUCCUCGCGACGACCCUCUGCCGCUGGUUCCGCUGGUACGGUCCUAGGCAGCAGCAGUGGAACUAGUAGUGCCUCUCGUACGACGAAGAGAACCUCCUUGGAGAGUGCUUGUCGCGACAAGGGCAUGGAGUUCCGAAAACGAAUUCAGGGAUUGCAAGACGCGCAGGCACAACUCGAUGAAUUGUGGGAAACGACGAGGGAUACAACUCUGUUGGAAAACGCCUUGGAAAGAGCAAAAACAGUUGCGAAAGCAGACACGAGAGUCGGUGAAGAGAGGCUAGCAGAGUUGAGGAGGGUGUUGCAGAAGGAAGCGGACCUGCUUGCACAGGCAACAGCUAUUUACGCUCCAAAUUCGGGCUAUCAAGGCAGCACGAAGGAUCCGGAGCUGCAAGCGCUGUGCAAGACUGCCAUGGAAUUCCACUGCUCUCCCCUAUCCGUUUUGUCCAUCUUCGAGCACCUGCGCGGCCUGGAAAAGAUCCUGUCGCACUUGCCAACAAUCCUCGACUACGCCCGGGGUAUGAACAGUUGCGUUUCCGCGACACGGAAUUUCUUCCAGCACCACAAUCUCUAUGCUCUACGAUUUCUGCCUGCGGUGACGCGGCUUUUGAGCAAACAUAUUGGGCUACUGGAAGACCACUCGUCGGCGAAUACCACCUCUGCACCCCCCGACGUUCUGCGGCAAGCGCACGCCGUCCGACGGAGGCUGCACAACGAAAUCCAGGACUUGAAGGGCGCGGUCCGCGUUUACGCCCGCAUUCGUCCGAUGUCGCAACGCGAAAAACUUGCGCAGCGGUCUCCCUUGACAAACGGCAAUAAUUCUGCACUCGCCAAAAAGGAUCAAAGUACCGACGAAGGGCUGCAAUUUUCGCAGUCUGACGUCACCAUUGGCACCAGCACGUCGGACGUUCGUCGGCACCGAGAGGCGGAAACUUUCGAAUUCGAUUCCGUAUUCGGUCCGUCGUCGACGCAGACGGACAUUUUUGAGGAGUGCGUAUCAACUGCAAAAAUGUCAUCUGGGUCUGGAAGAUUGCCAGGUUUGUCAUGCAUAUUUUGAAUGACCCAUGAUAUGAACAUGAUGUCUGUGAUGCAUGCCCUAGCAGCACAGAUUUUUAGGGGACUUUGUGAUGCCUCUACCGCAUGAGAAAUGCCCUCUCCACGUAGCACAAACUGGAGUCCUUUUGUUGGUCAUACAUUCGUCUCCUCGCUGCUGGUCGUGUUUUUUUGUAGUCCUAGGAGGGGUCCCUAUCGCGGCCACUGUAAUAGGGCUUUUGUUGGGCUGCAGGAGACCCCAGUCCAGUCGCUCAGCGACGCUUUUCUUCAGCUGCAGGAGACCCCAGCGUUUUAUCUGCUCCACCCUUGACCUUCGUCUUUGUCUGUUCCUCGUGUUUUGCUUGGUUUCACCAUUGGAAACGUAACCGUGCUCAUGGAAUUUCCGGAAUCGACCAGGACAUGCUGCCACUCUAACGGUUUCACUCGGGUCCGACCCCCGUUAGAGCUUGACCCUAUCCCCCCGAGGUCCUGCCCAGAGGCAGCGAUCGUAAAGGGGGUACAGUGGUUGAGGGGUAAAGAAGGUCAUGCAAUACAAAUUUUUUUCGAAUCCAGAGACAGCAUUACAAGUUUAGAAUCUUCCAGACCCAGACAUUUUUACAUUUGAUAGCGCGCGGACCUGGUACAAAGCGCGUUGGACGGCUACAACGUCUGCAUUUUCACCUACGGGCAGACUGGCGCGGGGAAAACGUACACCUUGCUCGGAUCGGGGGCGGUCACGGAGAAGAGUAGUACUUCUAAGGGCGGCGCUGCGACGUGGUCGAACGGAACAAUGACUGGUGGAACGGGGGUGCAAAACGGAAUUACAACAACUGAGCCCACUUCUUCGUCGUCUACUUCAGGUCAUGCUACCAGAAUGCCUUCAACAUCACCGCGGCGAGUCGGGGUAGCGGAAUCAGGCUCGUUCAAUCCACCGGCAAGAACCACGGUGGCAGCGGGGACAAUUUCAGGCGGACUUGCAAAUAACAGCGCAAAAAACACGCCAAGGAGCAGCAUAUCUGCUGGAGGCGAAGUAACUGGUAAAAAGCCGACGGCACUGAAUCGUGAUGCCGGCGUGGCUCCGCGGACGAUAAACCACAUUUUCAACCUAUUGGAGCAAAACCAGCGGUACGCGACGCGCCAGGUAUUCGUCACCAUGUGCGAACUCCACAACACAAAGCUUCGCGAUUUGCUUGUGGACCACGACUUCGUGCCAGAACUUCGGCCAGGGGGCUCUGGCGAGCUGCGCCGCUCCCUGUCAGCACGCAGCGCACUCGGAACCACAAGUUCCGCAGCCGAAACAGCUGCAGCGAAUAAUGACCAAGAACCAACCCGCGGACGCCUCUCCACGCAAAACGUGUCUCGAUUGCGCCGCAGAAGCAGCUCCAACGGGGGGGCAGCGCAGCAGCAGAACCUCAAUCACAGUCGCGGCAGCAGCCCGGCACAUUCCCGUGCGGGAUCCGUGACCGGAGCAGCUGCUGCACCGGCAGGGGCUAGCGGUGACAGCUUUUCCUCCUUUCUCGCGAGCCGCACCGCUUCGACUGCCAACGAUGUCGGAAAACUCCAACAGGACAGCAAUUUGGUCGUGAAACUGUCCCCGCGGUCUGGGCAGGUCCGCGUUCCGGGCGCGACGGAGAGGCGAGUGAAAUCCCGGGAAGAGCUGCUCGAAAUUUUGAAUCUCGGUGUGAAACUGCGGAAAACCGCGGCCACGGCGGUGAACAGCACCAUAUCCUGAGCAAAAACGUCCCCAGACCAGAGUUGUAAUGCAGAUUUGCAAAGACAGGAAGACUUGUACCGCGCAUCCCCAUGAGAGCCAUUUCCAAUCGUGUUUUGGAAUUUGUGAUGCUGUGAACAGGAUAAGCAGACGAAUCUGUGAUGCGGCUGCGCUUGCUAACCUGCACUACACUGCAGAGUGCAACUUGUCAUGCGUGACUCACAGAACUCCUCGGUUUGUGUUGCAAAAUCCCCAUCCUGACUCUGGUGUGGGUACGUUUUUACUCAGGAUACGCCAGCAGUCGCAGUCACUUGGUCCUCUCCGUGCACUUCCGCGACUCGUCCGAAGAGAACAGCCGAUUUUCAGUAUGGAUUGCAAAAAUGUCUGGGUCUGGAAGAAUGUAGGACUUGUCAUGCAGGUUUGCCAUGACCCAUGAGGUCUGGAAUGCCGGACCUAGCAUGACAGAUUCUGCGAGACCUUUCUAAUGCCUAUCCUGCAUGAGAAACUACCUCCCGACUUGUUCAAAACUGGGCGACUUUUGGCAAUCAUGCAACACAGAUUUUUGCAUGCUGCAGAUUUAGCAUGACAAGUUGCAAUCUUCCAGACGACCCAGACAUUUUUACAUUUGAUAUUCGGGAAAGAGCAGCAAGAUCACGUUUUGCGAUCUUGCGGGUUCCGAGCGGUUGAAGAAGACCGGGGCUACCGGGGCUGCAAUGCGCGAAGCAGUGGAGAUCAACAAAUCUCUUUCCGCACUCGGGGAUGUUUUACAAGCGAUUGUUGCCGGACAGAAAAUGUUGCAGACACAGCACAGCACCGCCACACUGAGUUCCGUGGAUUCGCAGGAACAAAUUACUGUUGGCGGGGAGCAGCGAGAAAUUCUAUCUAGUACAACUGGGGAGCUGCAGCAAAACGGCGGUGGAAAUUCUUUUACGAUCCCGAUCCCGUACAGGAAUCACAAACUCACGCAGCUGAUGCAGGACAGUCUGGGCGGCAGUGCGAAAACAUUGAUGUUCGUCAACCUGAGCCCCUGUUCGACGAUGCUAGAUGAGAGUUUGAUGAGCUUGCGCUUCGCAGCAAGGGCCCGACAGGUGAAACAGAAACGAUGAUACAGAAACACUCAGGCUUUCUUGCAUUGUCUAUGCAAAAGCGGUAACGAAGUUGUAGUUGGCACGAGCCCAAAUAAGCAGAACUCCACGCGAAGCACCUACCUUUUUUUCACCUGCAACAAGUGCAACGGCUUGGAUUACUAUCGUGAUUUGGUGAGUAGUUGUCAUCUACCUCUACGCACUGGCGCAACAAGAUAUUUUCCGGAUAUUUUUUUCUCCUCAAGUUCGAAUUCUGUGAGCUUGAAAAAAAUCAGAUAGACAAGAAGCGAACACAUGAGCAAUGAGAUUUGCUACAGUGAAGCUGUAUUCGCCCUGGAAACGUCGAAAUUCCAUGCUAUUGAUUUUGAUGUAUCAAAAUGUUUACUGCAAGGUUCUUCGGUUGUACACACUACCUUGUAUAGCCGCUGUGAAGAGAUCUUGAAAGUCAACCUGUUUGUAUGUUAUGGGUAAGGAAAGCGAUCAUCACUAUAAGUUGAUGCUGAAAGUACUGGGCGCAAUUUGCGCCACUUAAAAAUUUUUUCCGGACUCAAAUGAAGGGGUCGAUAUGAAAACAUAUCGCUUGAUGGAGCUACUGACCAACUCCAACCCUCCCCUGGUCCUCCUUUCAAAUCAUUUAAAUCAAAGAGAAAAAGGAGAUGAUGAAACUGAAGACAUUUUAGUUUUUUCGUGCUCAAACCACAGACCCAUCAUGUCGCCCAAAUGAGUGGCGAGGAAAGGUCCUAAAUUGAACAAAAUGAAAUUAGGGCGCCACGACAGGCCUGCAGUUCUGCGCGUUGAUUCAGUCGCCAUAGCGCUUCAUCGUUGCGAUGGAGCGUGUUUUGCAAUGGAGGUAAGGGCGACUGAAGUAAAGGGUGAUGAUUGCCUCACACAUGCGAAAACCAAGUCAAAAGCGACUGGUAUCGCAGGGUGUGCGAUUAAGAUGCCCUUCAUGCAAAUCUUUCUUUGUGUAAAUUAUAGCCUACUCGACCUCGUUUCAGGUCGGUAGAAGAAGCUAGCCAAGAGCUACCGCCUACUUUAGGCCGGCGGAGCCAGAAGCUAGCCAUGCGAUACCUUUUCGCUGUGCGAUGUCAUCACCUUACCCAGAUCCUCGCUACAAGACAAACCGACCGAUGAUAGGGUCGGCCUGCACUUAUACUGAUCGCUCACGAGAUGAGCGACACAGCAAGCGAGGUCAAAUUUCGAUGCGAAGCGAUGAAAUUCGAGAACGAGAGUUUUCUCGUCCAACAGAAACCAAGGUGCUUAUCUGAAUUCGCAUAAAGAUGAAAGGUAAAGAGCGAAGAUGAAAACGAAGCAGCUGAAGGACGUGCUAAGAUUGUGCGGCUGAUGUUCUUUCGAUCUCUUUCGUUGAGCUUUCAGGAUGUAAGAACAGAACUAUAUUUUCAAUAUAAUUGGACGUCUCCUGUGAUAGUGAUACUUUUCCUGUGCGACCUGACAAACAAGAAGAAGAUGCGAACAUGACGGUGGCGCAAUCUUCUCAGCUGCGAGACGCCGUUUGGCCGGAUCCUUAUGGUCAUGACGAGGACGUCGACACAGGGGAGCGGUCCGAAACAGCCGCCGCCGUUGCCGAAAGGCGGAUCCCGCAUCAGCAUCCGCUCCGCGUGGACGAUGUUUCGCGCCUUUCCGCUACGCCCGUGCAGCGCGUCUUUUUCCCUCGCAGCGAGGAAGAUGUCGUCGCGAUUUUGGAGUUCGCGGUCAAAACGCGGUCACAAAUUGCCGUCCGCGGCACGCAGCACAGCAUGGGCGGACACUGCAUGGCAAAAA